AUGAGGGGGCUCCGAUACGGCUACCAGCUCCUGCCCGACCAGGACGUGGACCUGCCCAUGGGAUGCGAGGACCCAGCUGGAGAGGGGCAGCGGGGCUGGGAGGGAGCCCCCGCAGCAGCCGAGGAGGAGCCGUGCAGGCUGGUGCUGAGCACACCCAGCAGCAUCCUGCGGGACAGGGAGAUCGAGGAGCUGAGUCCCCAGCUGCCCCCGCGGCUGACGCAGCAGCCGUGGCACUUGCUGUACUCCACCGGACGGGACGGCUUCAGCCUGCGGACGCUGUACCGGAGCGGGGCCCGGCCGGACUCCCCGGCCCUGCUGCUCAUCAGGGACACGGAGGCGCAGGCUUUCGGGGCCUUCUCCGCCACCGCCAUUCGCAGCAGCAGCGGCUUCUACGGCACGGGGGAGACCUUCCUCUUCUCCUUCUGCCCCGAGCUGAAGGUGUUCAGGUGGACGGGCAGGAACGACUUCUUUGUGAAAGGGGAUGUGAAUCUGCUGAUGAUUGGUGGGGGCAGCGGAAGGUUUGGGCUGUGGCUGGACGGGGACCUGCACCACGGGGGCAGCCAGCCCUGCGAGACUUUCGACAAUGAGACCCUCUCACAGCGGGAGGAGUUCUGCAUCCAGGAUCUGGAAGUGUGGGGUCUGGCCUGA